AUGUCAACUACGGAUAAAAAUCAGAACAAACAACUCGCAUCACGGAUUGAAAAACUGGAAGCAUUGCUACACCAAGGAUUGGCGGACAUAAAAGGACAAAUGUCGCCGAAGGAAGGCAAUCAAGAUAACUUAGCUGAUUCGAUAAAUGUUUUUGAAAACAAAUUUCGUGAGUCAAUCAAAGACAUCAAAUCAGAAUUGGAUAAUAUCAACCAAAGAAUUAUUAACCAACAAAAAGAUGUGGAAACACUAAAGCGAGACCAACGAUCAAAAUUCCUGGUGAUAAAUGGUAUUGACGAGAAAGAGAAGGAAGAUCUACUGGAUGUCGUUGUUAAACUAAUCAACCAAAAAUUCAAACUAUCUAUUUUGAAUACUAACAUCGAUACCUGCUAUCGGAUGGGAAAAAAACGUCAAGAUAAGAAGCCUAGGCCGUUGGCUGUUAAAUUUGUAAAUAAAUGGAUGAAGCAGAAAGUGUUUGCCGCUAAGAAAAAUCUAAAGGGAAGUGGUGUUGUGAUCAGUGAAAUGCUAUCCUCUGAAAAUCGAAACUUAUUCAUGAAAGUGCGUGAAUCUGUGGGUGCCAAAAACUGCUGGACAUAUGAAGGUAACAUUUACGCAUUUCUGAACAAUACGAGGAAACCUAUAAAAUCGAUAAUUGACUUGACUUGA